AUGGAGCCUCACAGCUCGAAUCGGCUACCCCACCGAAAAAGAAGGAGGGAUGGGUACUGUGGAGAGAAAGGGGAGGGGGAGCCACCCGUCAAGGUCUCACGUACUGUGGGUCUGACAGAUCCUGCCCCGUUUGCUGACCAACUUGAGCCUGCCACCACCCCUUACAAGCGCGUCAGCAUGGACGAGGCACGACAAGGCACUCCGCAAGAUCGUCCAGUUCGGGUGUAUGCAGAUGGGAUCUUUGACAUGUUCCACUCAGGUCAUGCUCGAGCGUUAAUGCAAGCCAAGGGGCUCUUUCCUAAUACCCACCUCAUCGUUGGAGUGUGCAGUGAUGAUCUCACACACAACCUGAAGGGUUUUACGGUCAUGAACGAAGACGAACGCUAUGAUGCAGUCAGUCACUGUCGCUAUGUCGAUGAAAUUGUGCGUAACGCACCGUGGACGCUUACACCCGAAUUCCUAGCUGAGCAUCGGAUUGACUUUGUUGCUCAUGAUGAUAUACCCUACUCCUCAGCUGGGAGUGAUGAUGUGUACCAGCACAUAAAGGCAGCCGGCAUGUUUGCACCCACACAACGUACAGAGGGUAUCUCCACAUCCGAUUUAAUCACACGCAUAGUUCGUGAUUAUGACGUUUACGUGCGCCGAAACCUACAGAGAGGCUACACUGCCAAAGAGCUCAAUGUUAGCUUCAUCAAUGAGAAGAAGUACCAUCUUCAAGAGAGGGUGGACAAGGUGAAGAAGAAGGUUCGAGAUGUGGAAGAGCGCUCCAAAGAAUUUGUGCAGAAAGUGGAAGAGAAGAGCAUUGACCUGAUUCAGAAGUGGGAGGAGAAAUCCCGGGAGUUUAUUGGCAACUUCCUGCAGAUGUUCGGUCCAGAAGGGGCGCUGAAACACAUGCUGAAGGAGGGUAAGGGGCGGAUGCUGCAGGCCAUCAGUCCCAAACAGAGCCCCAACAGCAGCCCGACACGCGAGCGCUCCCCUUCGCCAACCUUCCGACUGCCUUUCUUCUCCAAGACCUCCCCUCCAUCCUCGCCACCACAUCACCACGCAGCAUACAGCAUCAGCGAGGAUGAAGAUGACAAUGGCGAUUAGAAGACAUUCCUAAACCCUCCAUUCCUCCCUUUAUCUCUGUUUCUUGACAAGUCUUGACAUGUACUUAGACUUUCAUCGUAUUUUAUUCCCAACUUUGGUUGACCCAUUUCAAAAUUAUGAGAAUUUGUUCAAAUGUAUAAUGUUUUAUCAUUCUGUGAACUGGACUGGGGUGUUAUAACUAAAACACACAUAAAACACAACAUAUUUUGACUGAUCAUAUAAUAUAUAAAAAGUAGCUGACAUUCUAAGACGCAUUCAUGCUCCCCAGCUUGGGAGACCAUACAGCUAUGUGCCUCCAGAAUGUUUGGUUGUCUAAAACCAACCCAGCCUCAUAACGGCUGUCUGCUUCUUUAUCUCCAAACAAAAACUUCCCUCCAACACAUUUUUUUUAUUAGUUGGGCUAGACAAGGAGGGGGGGGGCACAUCCCCCUACAUGCAGCAAUGGAAUGCCUCUGCUCUCAGGCAGUAGACACAAACUUUGUUUAUCAGUGAGCAGUCUAAAGGAUUUCUUUAGCUACUUCUCCCCAUAAGUCUACAUUCUCUCUUCUCUCCAGUACUUCCUCAAGAUAAAAACUAUGACUCAAAGUAUUUCGUUAGGACCUUUUUAGUUAGGUUUGUAGUUGUUUGAUCACCUGAUUGCAAUGUGAUUUGUCCUAUUUAAGAAUCUGUUUAAUUUAUUUUCAGUUCUACAAUUUGUUGAAAUAUGUGAUUUUUCAACUUUGCUUGAUCAGGUAACAGGGUAAGCCAUAGAACAGUGUUGGAUUAUCAUGAACCACCUUAGCUCACAGCUGCAUUGUGUUACUAAUUGUACCAGACAGCUUGUUAGAGGAUUCUCCAGUGCCCAAAUAAAUGUUUGCAAUAUAAAGUGACCAUGUGAGUCUGUUUAAAAUGCACAUGUUAACCUCCAAUUUAACCCAUGAUAUUAUAGAUUGUCAACAUUGUUCACACAAUGGAAAGCUUUAAGUUAUUGUACUAAAUAAUGAAUGAUGCUUCCAGUUCCAGGCAUUUUUUGUGCCUGAUGUUUAUUUUUGAUGUCUUGUCUGUCAGUUUCAAUAAAGUGUAUGCAUCUACUGGCCAACUCUAAAGAAUAAUCUUAUACUCUUUAUGCAACUAUUGUGUUAUUUUGUUUUAGUAGUUCCCUGGGUAGAACAGAUAUUGGAUAUAUUGUAUGAUCUGUUUCAUUUCUUGGAACAAGAUGAGGAAAAAUGUGCUUCAGUUUGAAGUAAAAAUACUUGAAUAGCACUCAAAGGCUUAAUUUUGUAUUGCGUUGCAAAAACGUGAAAAUGUACAGUUCUUCCUACCACCAAAUAACCUUGGAAAAUAUUUGCAACUUUUUCUAAAAUCCAUACAAAACAAACUAACAUGGUAUAAAACUUUGUAAUAAAAUAUACAGAAGGUUAGCUGCAUUAUGUCUUCAAUUAUUUAAAUCUUCAUAAAUUGUACCAACAAUUACUUAGUCAUAACUAACAAAAGACCUGGAAAUACCAACUGACAUAUUUAAAACCAGUUGGCUUAUACAGUGAGAUGUGUCAUAACAAAAACAUAAAUGGGGAUAACAUUAGACAAUAUAAAGGGUGUAUAACAUUAGCCCUUUGGUGUGAUGCCAAGAGAAUGAGGUUAAUCCGGUAUCCAAUCCACUCUCCAUUACAAUUUCACAAUAUUUCUGUGAGGUCCAUAG